CCACAAUCCUUCAGUUCAUCUAGGAUAAAUGGCGUCAAAUCGACCAGGAAGACACUGAAUCACUAUGAUUUCAUGUUUUACAUCGUUCGACAGAAAAAUUAGUUGUACAUAAUAGCAUAGAACAUAACACAGAAACUGUAUUUUGAAGCACACAACAGCCAACAUGUCAACAGGAAGUGAAGUGCCCAUUGUUUCUGCGAGGGCCAAUGUAAUGUUAUAUGAUGACCCUACAAAGAAAUGGGUCCCUGCUGGCAACGCCCAACAGCAGGGUUUAUCAAAAGUACAGAUUUACAGACAUACAGGAAACAAUACAUUUCGAGUUGUUGGUAGAAAAAUGGCCAAUCAUGAGGUAGUGAUAAACUGUUCUAUACCAAGGACUUUGAAAUAUAACCAAGCUACACCUACAUUCCAUCAAUGGAGAGAUCAGAGACAAGUUUAUGGAUUAAAUUUUGCAAACAAAGAGGAUGCAGAAAGUUUUGCUCAAGCAAUGAAAUCAGCACUAGAUACAUUACAACAAUUGGCUGCACAACAUGCACCCCCUCCUCCACCACAAGGUCAAGUUCCUCAAUCUUAUAAUGCACCACAGCAUGUUCAUGAAGAACCUGAAAGGCAUCCACCACAUCCAGGUCAUGUGAGACACCCAUCAGGGGGAGCACCACAGUAUAGCCAGCCAGGUCCUCCACAGCCACAGUAUACACAACCUGCUGCUGCUCAGGCUCCUCCUCCAGCUCCAGGGCCACCACCUGGUGCUCCCGAAGCCCCUGCUGCACCCCCUGCUCCCCCAGCACCUCCUGCUCCUCCUGCAGCACCACCUGCACCUCCACCUCCUGGACCAGGAAUACCACCACCCCCAGGACCAGGUGUGCCUCCCCCUCCAGGACCAGGAGUACCACCACCGCCAGCACCACCACCAAUGCCAGGUGCUGGGUCCAGUCCAGCUAAAUCAGGAGGAGGUGGAGGUGGUGGAGGAAUGGGAUCCUUGGCAGAAGCUUUAGCAAAGAAACAUAAUACCCUGAAACAUGUUAAUCCUGAUUCCAAUGAUAAUGCUGCUAGACCCUCAUCGGCUGAACCUGGUAGUAGAGGAUCUAGUUCUAGUACUGGUAGUGGUGGUGGAGGGGGUGGGGACUUCAUGUCAGAACUACAGAAAAAGUUAAAUAGAAAGAAAAAUGAUGUGGAUGGUGUACCACAGCCUGCACCUGAAGUUAAGGAGUCAGCUUCAACAAACAGUCUAGACAGGAGACAACGAGAUAGGUCGUCUGGUCCCCCAACAAACAGGGUGCCUCCAGUAAAUAAUGGAGCAGAUUCUCCUAAAAUCAGAAGCAGUUUAAAACCAUUUGCCUCUCCAUCAUUUAAGAGAAAAGAUUCAUUAAAUCCACCUCCAGAACCAUUAUCAAAUGGACCAACAAAUUCAGCAUUAGACAAUUUAAAAAUAGAAAUUAUGAAUGAAGUACGACAAGAACUACAAAAAGUCAAAAUGGAAAUCAUAAGUGCUAUCAGAGAAGAGCUUUCAGCAGCACAUAGAUGAAAAUCAGAACAAAGACAAAAUUGGGAUCAAAAUCAAUGAAUCAUCAGAUGGUGCUUACAGUGAUUCUGGAUUGACCAGUAUGCUGCUGUGUAAUAUUGUCAUAUGCAAUAGACCUGCUUAGAAUGUCAUCCCAGUGAACAAAGCUCAAUUAACAUGUGAUUAUAAUUUGUAUAGGAUUGCUGGUCAGUGAUUGGAGGAUGAUUUUCUAACUUGGUCCAUUGCCAUAAUUGACUGGUACUAAAAAUGUGUGUUUCAACCAAAGACAGCAGUUACCAGAGCUAUUCCAGUUUUAAUUAUUUUUAUGUACACAGGAGAGUGAGAAAGGGGAAGUAAUCAAGUAUUAUAGAUACAUGAAAUUGCUUUGCUCAUGUUUUAACAAGUAUUAAGAUUAUCUGCAUAUAUCAGAAAGGUUAUAAUCAUGUAAAACAUUUAUUUAAUAUAAUCACUCUCAUAUGAAGUUUUAAGUUUUAAUUCUAAUAAUAUGAAAAGUGCUAUACCAAGGUUUUUUCAGCAUAAUGUUUUUAUCAUUGUUAAACUUAAAAAGAAAUAUUAAUACCAAAAGUUUAAUUAAAUUACAAAACAAGUGAUUGUUUUAAGUUCAAAUAGAAAAAGAAAGAAGUAAAUAUAAAAAUUUCAAGGGUGUCCAGUACCUUUGCCAGUGAAACAAAAAAUCAGCUUUAAGAACAGUUGGGCAAAAGUUUAUUUGUUAAUAUCUAAACUUUCCAUUGAUUUCUUAUUUUAGAACUAUUAUCAUUGCCAUAGUAUUUUUCACAUCUUUUCAUUUAUUUGUCUGAUCAAAGAGGGCAAAUAUAUGAAUUAUGAUAUUUUUCUCACUUUAAUGAUCUCUUUUCCUUCUAUAUAGAUUUUAAAAUCUUACAGUAAGAAUCAAAAUUUUUGUAACAGAUUUAUGUAAAUAUCUCUAUUUAAGUAUAAUAAUCAGCUUAUCACAUAAUAGGUUUUAUAUGGGGAGAUUUGCUUGGUAUUUUGGUAUUUAGUUGUAGAACCUUGAAUAAUUUUUUGUUCAUUUGAUGAUAACUGGGGGGAUAAUUUUUUUUUAGGGGGGGAUAAUAUGUGCAGCGCUGCAGCAAGAGUUUUUCUUGUUUUUGCCAAAAUUAAGAAUACAUAAAGCAUAUCGCAUGUAGUCUUGAAUGCAUAUUUGCUUUUAAAUAUAAUCGUAUUCCAUACAGACCCAACUCGAGAAGUGUAAUUAUAAGGCUUCUAAGAAUAUUUAUCAGAUAUUUUCACAACUAUCAAAUUUAAUCAUUAUGAUCAAAAAGAAAAUUUAUUUUUUUAUUCAUGAAAGCCAAAAUUAUACAUGCAUUACACAAAACAGAGAAUGCUUUGAGUUUUGUUGUUCUUAGGUAUAAACUUGCCAUUCUGCACGUCAUUUAUUUUUCUGUAUCGUUUAUGGUCGAAAUUAGAUAAAAAGUGUAAUUUUAUAUCUAUAAAAUAAGAUUUAUGCCAGAACUUUGCUAUUUCAAGUUGACUAGUGAUGAACUAAUUAAAUAUGUAUUAGGGCUUAAGAGAGGCUGUAUAAGGAAGUUGGGAAAGCACUGUCAUAGAUUUUUACUCUAAAUUCAGAAAUUAUUGUGUGUAUUUAUUAUUGUGAUUGCGACUAAAAUGCGAUUUUAAUUGUUGCAAUAUUCAGAAAAAAACUUUGAUUCAAAGAAAAAAUUUCAAAAUGCGAGUUUUAAAUAUUUUGAUGAUAACCUUGUCGCAUUUUUCGCAAUAAUAAAAACAUCGCAAUAAUUUCUGAAUUUACAGCAGUAUUUUAUAAUGAGUAAUAAUUAGAAAGGCUAGUGAUCAAUUCAAUUGUAUGUUUUUUCUUAAUUCAAUUUUAAGUGUUAAGUGGCCCAUUUUUUGGCUAAGAAAUACAUGUAUCUAUUGAACCUAGACAAUGGCAUGUUAUAUGUUUUGAUAUAAAGGAAAAUCUUAUGAAACCUUAUACAGUAUGUAAGAUGUAAAUGUGUAAUGGGAUAAUAAUCGAGUAUGUAUAACAUUCAAGAAUCUCAUUUGAGGUUGUGAUCGAUAUAUGUGAUAUCAGGAGUUUAUAGCUGGAUUUAUCGAAUACAUGGGAUUAUAAUUAUAAAGAAGUAGCAUGAUUUUAUAUUAUCAGAGAGGAGUUAUUAAUAACCACUCAGUGUAUAAUGAUUUUUUGCUGAAAUGCUUCCAUUAUUGUAUUACUUAUGAAAACGGUAAUGAGAAGGUGUCUUUUUAUAGCCGAGUUGGUCAAAUUUUAUUUAGUGUUUAAAGAUUCCUAUAAGUUCUGUAAUGCUAUAUGAUUAAAUUUAACUAUAACUAUAUUUGAAAUUAAUUGGGAUUCAAUUUAUGAAAAAAAAAUUGAAUAGUUUGACAUGGUUUUUAAGGUACCUCCCCUUGAAUAAUAAUUAAUACAUUUCUUACAAACUGUACUCUGAAGGUCCUUUAGAAAUUGGCAGGAAGUCCAGAAAAUUUUGCUUUUGUCCAUCUUUACUAGAUUAAAAGUUCAGUUAGAAUUAAACCUUUAAAUAUCUAGUAAAAAUAACUUUCAUUCCUUCAAGUCCUAAUACUUAAUGGACAAGUAAACAUACAAAACUUUUGAAAUGACUGCUUACAUGACAAAUGUACUUGUAUGUUGUAACGAAUAUUUCUGUAGAUAAUAGCACUGUACAUAACCCAUAAAAAGCACAUAUAUGUAUAUUACAAAAAUCAUUUUGCCAAACACAUGAUCCAGGACUAUGUAUAUGUAUGUUACUGUAUAGCUUGUUAUUUUUAUUACUAUGAAAGGCCAAGCCUUGUGUUAUUGAUUAUUGUUGUAGAUUUUUUUGUUCCUGGAACCAAAGGUUUGAUAGACCAAAUAUAAAAAAAUCUCUGUUUUUGGUUGAUUUGAAGCAAGAAGGAAUUCACUGGUUCUACAGUGAUCUAGAGAAGUUUUUAUAAAUGAUGCUGCAGAUGGUUCUUAUUUUUAACAUAAAUUGUUAAUUUCAAAAAUUUUAGUUAUGAUUUCAUUAUUGCGAAAAAUUGUAACAGGAUAGUUUUUGCAGAAAACAAAAAUCUCAGUGUUGAUAGCAUAACUUUAAUCACUUCCUUAAAUCUGAAUAAUUUUUAGCUUAGUUGAAUUUUGUCAGAUUAAGUCGGAACCAUAUUUUUGGCAUAAUUAGCAAUAAUUAUGCAUUGAGAACUUUUCAAAAUGUAUGUAAUAAAUUGUGGUCAUUAUAGAAACACUAAAAUAAUGUUGUAUAGGCAAUGUCCAGUCAUUAGAAAUAAUUUAUCAGUAUUUAUCAUGCAUAAACAGUAUUAAAAAGAGUGUUUUUUUUAACCUUGCAUUGUAUUUCAGUCAAAACCAUGUAUUGAACUUUGAGUAUUGUUUACAUUUUUUUUGGAGUGAAGCAAUAUAAUAUAUAAUGAUCAAUUAACUGACCAAUCUGCUUUCUCUUGUUUAUAUUUUUAUAAAAUAGAUAAGAUUUUUGUUUUGUACAUUACGAACAAUAUCCAGUAGUUGCAUACUCAUUUUUCAUUUGUGAUACAUGAAUUAGGAAAUGAAAUUUGCUUUAAUAUUGUAUUGAAUUUAUUUCAUAAAUAAUUAAUCAUGACAGUAAUUUUUCACUACUUAAAAUCAUUAUUUGCUGCUUCUUUGAUUAUUUAAUAUCAUUUUGUGAUUUGAUGUGAAUAUGAGAAACAUUCCUUUAACAACAGUUAUUGUCUCCUCUUGGUAGUUCUUACGACUUAACUAACUUGGUUUAGGAAAAAUGGCUGGCUUUAACUUAUUAUUUUACAGUGGUGACUAGGGGAGAUGAUUUGAAUUUAAGUAUUUGUGAUCUCCCUUUUGUAAAUUGGCUUUGGAGAUGAUGAUUGGUUGGUUUAUGUUUCUCAUUAGGUCAUUAGGUCAAAUAUGGCAGCCAUGUAUCGAGCAAUUGAUAUUUAUUCACCAUUUAAACUAAGAUUGUAGAAAUUUAUACACUUAAAUCACAACGAUUGUAGAAAUUUAUACAGUAAAAUCACAAAACUUACAUUCUAGGGUCUAUGACAAAGAGAGAAAGUUUUUGUAGAUGAUUUUUUUUUGCAUAUUUGAUCAUUAAACUAGAUUUUUCAAGACAUUUUAGCAAUAUUUGUAAAUUAACCAUUGUGUUCAAAAUUGUAUUGAUUAUAAACAAGUGCAUAGCUUUCUGAGGCUGUAAUGGUAAAAAGAUUUUGCUCGUUUUAGUUUAUUUGGUUUGACAGUGCCUGUGGACAUUUCUACCUCUGUAAAAUGAUUCUCAUUUCAAAAUCGGUAAUUGAAAAGAUUGAUUCUGCUAUAAAUAGACUGAUAUUGAAUCAUAUGUGAAAUGAACAGGUGAAAAAUAAAUAUAAUUUGAGAAUUGUAGAAUGAACAAAUCUGUAGGGGGCAGGGCAGAAGAUCUUUGUUGGCAUCCUAGUGCCAUAUUGUACAGUUGAACAUAUAGUGUAAUCUAUUUAUCAUCUACAAAAUAAACUAUGCUUUUAUA